AUGAAUGGAAUUGCAGACCCUGAACCAGACUUCAGUGAUAUGAAUAAAUUCCUCAUAUGCUGUAGUGCUAUAAAACCUAUAAAAAAGUGUCAGAUUUUAUUAUAUUUGAAAUAUGUUAUCUGUCAUCACAGGCUUUCAAACUGUGGACUGUCAGAGACUCACUGUGAUAUUGUGGCCUCAGCUCUAAAGUCCAACCCCUCCCACCUGACAGAGCUGGAGCUGAGUGGAAACAACCUGAAGGAUUCAGGAGUGAAGCUGCUGUCUGCUGGACUUGAGAGUCCAAACUGUAAACUGAGAGCUCUGAGACUGAGUUCCUGCAGUCUGUCAGAGAUCAGCUGUGCUUCUGUGGUCUCAGCUCUGAAGUCCAACCCCUCCCAUCUGAGAGUUCUGGACCUGAGUGGAAACCCCCUGCAGGAUUCAGGAGUGAAGCUGCUGUGUGACUUCCUGCAGAGUCCACACUGUAGACUGGAGUCUCUGAGACUGAAGAGCUGUGGUUUGUCAGAGAUCAGCUGUGCUUCUCUGGUCGCAGCCCUGAAGUCCAACCCCUCCCAUCUGACAGAACUGGACCUGAGCGAGAACAACCUGCAGGAUUCAGGCGUGAAGCUGCUGUCUGCUGGACUGCAGAGUCCACACUGUAGACUGGAGACUCUCAGAUUGAGGGACUGCAACUUGUCAGAGAUCAGCUGUGCUUCUCUGGUCUCAGCUCUGAAGUCCAACCCCUCACAUCUCAGAGAGCUGGACCUGAGUGACAACAAGCUGCAGGAUUCAGGAGGGAAGCUGCUCUGUGAUUUUUUGGAGAAUCCACUCUGCAGAUUGGAGACUCUGAGAUUAAAUCACUGCAGUCUGUCAGAGAUCAGCUGUGCUUCUCUGGCCUCAGCUCUGAAGUCCAACCCCUCACAUCUGAAGGAGCUGGAGUUGGGAGGAAACGAGAAUCUGCAGGAUUCAGGAGUGAAGCUGCUGUGUGACUUCCUUCAGAGUCCACACUGCAGACUGGAGACUCUCAGACUGAGUGACUGCAGCCUGUCAGAGAUCAGCUGUGCUUCUCUGGUCUCAGCUCUGAAGUCCAACCCCUCACACCUCAAAGUGCUGCAGCUGAGAGGAAACAACAAGCUGCAGGAUUCAGGAGUGAAGCUGCUCUGCGACUUUCUCAGGAGUCCAGACUGUAAACUGGAGAAUCUGAGACUGAGUGGCUGCAGCCUGUCAGAGAUCAGCUGUGCUUCUCUGGCCUCAGCUCUGAAGUCCAACCCCUCACACCUCAAAGUGCUGCAGCUGAACAGAAAUGACAAGCUGCAGGAUUCAGGAGUGAAGCAGCUGUGUGACUUCCUGCACAGUCCAGACUGUAGAGUGGAGACUCUGAGAUUGUGGGACUGCAAUUUGUCAGACGUCAGCUGUCAUCUUCUGGUCUCGGCUCUGAAGUCCAACCCCUCCCACCUGAGAGAGCUGCAGCUGGGCUUCAACAAGCUGUAUGAUUCAGGAAUGAAGCUGCUGUGUGAUUUUCUGGAGAGUCCACAAUGUAGACUGGAGACUCUCAGGUUGAGCUUCUGCGGUUUUUCGGCGGCCAGCUGUGCUGCCCUGGUCUCAGCUCUGAAGGCCAACCCCUCCCAUCUGAAGAUGCUGGAACUGACCAACAACAAGCUGCAGGAUUCAGGAGCAAAGCUGUUGUGUGAUUUCCUUGGGAGUCCAGACUGUAAACUGGAAAUUCUGAAGUUGUGUUGCUGCAGUUUAUCAGAGAUCAGCUGUGCUUCUCUGAUCUCUGCUCUGACGUCCAACCCCUCACAUCUGAAAAAGUUGGAGGUGAACUACAACAAGCUGCAGGACGCAGGAUUUAAGCUGCUGUCUGAUUUUAUGGACAGUCCUCAGUGCAGACUGGAGACUCUGAGGUUGUAUUGAUCUGUGUCAGAGUGUGAGUGAGCAGAAAGGUGGUGUUCAGCUGAGAGUUACUCCUCCUCCACAGUCAAGCACCUCCUCCACCUGAGACUUGGACCUUUCAUUUUGUCUUUUAUUUUUAUCGAUUCAUGCAUUCUGAGCCCAAACUGCCAAAGCAGGUGAUUAAUGUUCAUAUUGUAAUGACUUUCAGCAUAAAGCAUUUGAACAUCACACAAGGCUGUUAAAUGACUGUGAACUAAAAUCUGCUAUUUCAAACCCACACUGAACCAAUAAGCUCCGUUUUCAUGACACCUUCUGUGUAAUUUAACCGACUCUGAUUAUUAUUGCGUUUCUUGUGGAAUGUUGGAGAAUUAUACUUAAUUUUCACACUGAAGGUUGAUGCAUGUUGUGUCCAGCCUCAUGCUAUGAAUGACCUCUGUCAUGCUUAUUAACACUGAUACCAAGAAAAAAAGGUUUUUUAUUUUAUAUUUCAUAAUUUUGCUUUAUUACAUAUUUUAUUUUUAUUUUAUUUAGUCACUGGGUUUUUGAUUGUUUUGUAAUGCAGAAGCUUCAAAUAAAGUAUUUUAAUAUGAGCAAGUAGUAUAUUG